GUUUGUCCGGUUGUUCUUGGUAGUUUAAUGUUUUAUAGCUUCCUCCUCAGGAGAAUCCUCGUCUCCUCCUUCUCUGUGCUGACUCAAACAGGAGUGUUUUUACAGUAUUUUAAAAGUUUUCCUUUGAAAAUCCUCCAGUUCUCAUGUUUCUCUGAUACAGAAAGUCCUUCUUUUGCCAUCGGAACUGUCUGUUAUUUCAUUCAAAGUUUCCUCACACUUCCUUGUUCUCUGUACUGAGAGGGCAAGGCUCCCUUAUCUCACACUGAAUCAUUAACCAACGGUGUGAGACCUCGAGGCAGAACUGAGAAGCUCUGAAACAGAACUAACAGACCAGUCAGACCUUGACGCUGUGAGGCUGUGUCUGCGUUUCUGGAGCUCGGCUCAGGUGUUGACCUCCUCGUCAUGGAGCUGCUGCCCUCCCUGCUGUCAGCCCUGAAGACUCGGGAUCCCAGGAGCGUGGAGCAGGAGUUCAACGUGCUGCGUUCAGAGUCGCUGCAGCUAAAGAAACAGUUGGGUCUGACGUCUGAAGUUGGAGCUCAGAAGGAAAACAUCAAGAAGAACCGAUAUAAAGACAUCCUGCCGUAUGACCAGUGUCGUGUGGUGUUGUCACAGUCGACCACAGAGUCCUCCUCUGACUACAUCAACGCUAGCUUCAUCAGGGGAGUGACGGGGGACUGCAGGUAUGUGGCCUGCCAGGGGCCCCUGGGCCCCACGCUGGUUGACUUCUGGAGGAUGAUCUGGCAGCUGGACAUCAAGGUGAUAGUCAUGGCCUGCAGAGAGAUCGAGAUGGGAAAGAAAAAGUGCGAGUGUUACUGGGCCUCGGCCCAGCGCCCCGCUGCAUUUGGACCCUUCACAAUCAGCAGCCAGGGGGAGACACACAUGAACCCUGACGUGGUGGUCCGGGCUCUGACUGUCAGCUUCCAGCAGGAGACCCGCUCCGUUGUUCAGUACCAGUUUGUGUCGUGGCCCGAUCACGACGUCCCCUAUGAGACUGAUGGGGUUCUGGACCUGCUGAGGAAGGUCAGAGGGAGCCAAGGACCUCACAGCUCACCUCUGCUGGUCCACUGCAGUGCUGGCUGUGGGAGGACAGGAGUCAUCUGUGCCCUGGACUACAUCAACGACCUUCUGGUUUCCAAGAAGAUCACAGCAGACUUCAGCAUCCUGAAGGUGGUCCUGGACCUGCGGAUGCAGAGGCCUUCUGCUGUGCAGACCAAGGAUCAGUAUCAGUUCAUCUUCACCGCCGUCAUCAGCAUGUUCGAGCAGCUCCUGCAGCCGUCCCCGCACCACCUCUACUGCAACUCUUCAGAGCUGAAAAGACCCGAGAAGACGACCCCGAUAACCCCGACCUCCCCCCACAGCAGCAGCUCCACCCAGAGACCCGUCAUGAAUGACACAUACGCCGUGGUCAACAAACCCAAGAAGAGUCAUCCACCUCCAUCUGGCCACACCCCCACUCCUGCAGCCACGCCCACAUCCAGCAGCGGAAGCAGGUCGCUGCCCUUCUCCCAUCACUAUGACAACGAGCCCUCGGGAGCGUCGGCCGCUCCCAUCUACAGCACGGUCAAGCCCAAGCUGAAACCCCACAGCCUGCCCCCCUCCGCCACGCCCAUCUACGACAUAGCAAAACCCAGCAGGCAGUCGUGGGAGGGGCGGGAGUAUCACCUGACACCCGCUGACAGUCCUUCACCAGCAGAGGCGGAUCACGACUAUGAGAUCUUCUCCUCAGCAGGAGCCGCGAGCAGCUGCUCACCUGCUGGCAUUGGGUUCAACUGUCGCGUGCCGAAGCCCAAAGGACCCAGAAGUCCUCCAGCGCAGUGGAGUCGGCUAGAACGAUGAUCACAGAGGACGAUGGGACCGACUAACCCAGAACCAGUUCUGAGCUCAUGUUUGAGUGGUUUGGGUGUGUCAGAUCAGCUGUGAUCUGAUUGGCUCUCACUGCGAAUGAAGGAUCAAGAACUGGAAAAUUCACUAAAAUUGCGGGUUUGUUUUUACUAUGAUUUUAAUGUAAUAAUUGAUUUUAAACAUGUUCAUCGUUCAAAAACUUGAGAUACUUUAUGCAUUUGUAAUGAAAGGUUUUAAUUUUUGAAGAAAAAAAUCUGUUGAAACUAUAUUCCAAAUAUUUUUUAGGAUAACUCACUUGAGACAAAAGCCGAGUUCAUUCUGAAAUUCUUCAAAGCACUUCUUUUUUUUUUACUUUCUCCAGUAAAUGUGGAGUGUUAAGUGUACAACUUUCAAAUAUUUAGAGAAACUCCAAAUGUAUUAUUUUCUUUUCUCACCAAUAAUGUAUAAAUGCCCACAUCUGAAGGAAUGAUUCAGUAAAGAGGAAAAUGAAAA